GGGGAGGCGGCGCGGAGGGAGGGCAGCCCGGCUGCGGGAAGCGAGGCUCCGCGCUGGGACUGGUUCCUUCGCAGCCAUUUUCCGUCCAACCAAACAGCCGAUUUGCGGAGGGAGCCAACCAGGGCCGCACUGGAGAUGGAUGGUGACAGCUCCACAACAGAUGCUUCUCAGUUAGGAAUUGCUGGAGAUUACAUUGGUGGCAGUCACUAUGUCAUACAGCCUCAGGAUGACACAGAAGACAGCAUGAAUGAUCAUGAAGAUACAAAUGGUUCAAAAGAGAGUUUCAGAGAACAAGAUAUAUAUCUUCCAAUUGCAAAUGUGGCAAGGAUAAUGAAAAAUGCCAUACCCCAAACAGGAAAGAUUGCUAAGGAUGCAAAGGAAUGUGUACAAGAGUGUGUAAGUGAAUUCAUCAGCUUUAUAACAUCAGAAGCAAGUGAGAGGUGUCACCAAGAGAAAAGAAAGACCAUCAAUGGAGAGGAUAUUCUCUUUGCCAUGUCUACCUUGGGGUUUGAUAGCUAUGUUGAACCUUUGAAGUUAUACCUCCAAAAAUUUAGAGAGGCAAUGAAAGGAGAAAAGGGAAUUGGGGGAACAGUUACAACUGCAGAUGGUCUAAGUGAGGAGCUCACAGAAGAAGCAUUUACUAACCAGUUGCCAGCAGGCUUAAUAACCACAGAUGGCCAACAGCAGAAUGUUAUGGUCUACACAACAUCAUAUCAACAGAUCUCUGGUGUUCAACAAAUUCAGUUCUCAUGAUUUUGAAGAAAAUUUUCCAUCUGGGAACAUGAGACGGAAAACCUGUGCAACUCUAACGAAGAGGCAGUUUUAAUGACUGGUGAAGAGAUUUAUCUCUUUGUAUAUUAAAUAGCUGUAAUGUAGCUACCAGAAGCUUGACUAAUUGAGGUGAGAGUUCUGACUCAAAUCUUUUUCAUGAUGAUUUUAAAGAAAUAAUUGGAUUUUAAAGGUAUUAAAGUAUUUUUGUUUUGUACAAGAGUUUGUUGCUCUGUAUAACUCCUGUAUGCAUUGUAUAUUGCAAUUUAUUACUGUCAGAGAUUUGUAGACAGUUUCUUAUUUUCAUAUUGAAUCAUGUUACUUUUGUAAUUCAGGUGAACAGCUGGGUUAAUUCAUGCUUACCCUUUGAAUAAAAUUGUAAGGGUAAAGUUCAUUUUUGAAUGCAAGUUGCCUUUAUUAUGAAGAUUGAGUUAGUCUUGGUUAUGUAACUUGUCUUGCAUGACAACCUCAACUAACCAGACACGUCAGCUUAUUUAUUGAGAUUUUGAAAGGGACUUUUUCCUCAUGAAACUAGCAGCUCAAAAGCAUUGCUACAAUUGUUUUUUCUAAUGUAAUUUCUGAAUUAAAGGUUAAUCAAAACCAAUGAAUGCUCUACUACAUUUAGAGGUUUAGAGCUUAUCAACAGUGUUAAUGAAAGCAAUGCAGGUUUUCUUUUUUUAAAUUUUUUUCAGUUGCAUUAAUUCUCGUUCGACUUACUUUGAUACUUUUAAGGUAGUCUUUCUGCUAUUGAAAUAACUCCUCCUUUUUAUGUAUGGCUUGUAGAAUCCCAGACUUUGAAAUCCAAGGGUAGGGGGGAUUUUAUAGUCCUUGUGGUAAAAGAUCUCAUUUUAAUUUUUUACUGAAAUGUUUUAACAUUUCUUGUGAGCCUGUGGAAACUCAAAAGUGGUAGUGACUUUCUAUGUCUGGGCUGCAUGUUGUGUGGAUGUGUAUGGGCAUGAGUGGCUGACACCUGAUUAAGUGAUACAAAUCUGAAAUGGAAGACAGACUUCAGGUUUGCUGUCUCUUUCUUGGUUUUGCAAUAAACUCUAUCUAGGUAAUGUAGUUCUGUAUAUUAAGUGAGCUGUUCUUGGUAACAUUGCUGUUUCUUUAAUAAUUGGAUGGGUAAUUUUGUUGCCAUGUCUUAGCCUAUUAGGGUAGGGAUGAGGGUUUUAGUAAUAGCUUACUCAGACUGGAUUUUGGGACCUUCCAUAUUUUUACUGUUUCCAGUGGACUGAAAUGUAAUAUAUUUAUUAUCCUUCUAAUAAGGAUAAUAAAUAUAUUAUCCUUAUUAGAAGGAUAAUAAAUAUAUCCUUAAAUUAAUAACAGGUACGUUAUUAAUUUAAGCAAACCACACCUUGAAACUCUUGCCAUAUGAUUUCUUGCUGGUUUUGUCUUUUCUUUAAAAAAAAAAAAAGAAAUGUAAUAGUUCAAUAUUGGGAAAUUAGCAUAACCUAAGAUAUCCCAGCUCUUUAGCUAAACAAAAACUUCAUGUGCAGAUUUGAGCAGUGUUUCCUACCAGUCAGCAUCCUCCUGGCAGAGCCUCUGGAGACGAUCCAGUGUAUUCAGGGCAGUCUGCAGGAUGUUCUGGGCUUUGUGGCUGCCUGUUGUUGUUCAGCAGCUAUGAGCAAAUGGAGUUUCUCAUUAAAUGUAAAACUGAAUAACAUGA